GAGUCUACAGCAGUAACCUGCAAAUCAAGCCCAGAGACCAUCUUUUCACCUAGUCUGGAGAUUGGUGCACACAGUGAGUCUAAUGUACCCAGUGAUGGAGCAAGCAGUGAUUUUUAUGUACCCCGAUUGGAGACGGAAGAUAGUGAUAGCAGCAGAAGUUCGUGUGAACAUCAGACGUGCAAUGUUUCAGAUUUUUACAUCUCUGAUAUGAUUGUUUCUUGUUUGGCCUUCGAGAGUGAAACCAUCUAUGAUGACAGUUUGACUGGCAGAUUAUUGUCUGAUUACAAGUGUGAAGAGCCAAAUAUCUUUACUAAUGUGGAUGAGGAAUACUUGCUGUUGCCUUUUCUUGAAGACACUGCAGCAGCUAGCUAUAGUCAAGAUUGCAGAACAUCGGGAGAAACUGCCAUUCAGUCAGAUAAUUCGAGCUUAUACAUGGCAAUUCACCAGCUCAGAUCAUCUGAACAGUCUGAUGCUUUCACAUAUUUAGAAUCUGAUCAAGCAGAAUGCUUUGACCCACAUAUUUUCAUAAGAAAUUUGCCAGACAUAUUAGAAAGGCCAAAUAUUUUGCCAAAAGAAUCACAAAGAAGCAAAUCGAUCACCCUAGUACUUGACCUAGAUGAGACACUUGUUCAUUCUACACUGGAGCAUUGUGAUGAUGCAGACUUCACAUUUCCUGUUUUCUUCAACAUGAAAGAACAUGUUGUCUAUGUGAGGCAGAGGCCUCACCUCAGGACAUUCUUGGAGAGAGUCGCGGAGAUGUUUGAAAUCGUAAUUUUUACCGCUAGUCAGAGCAUAUAUGCGAAGCAGCUGCUAGAUAUACUGGAUCCAGAUGGAAAGCUUAUUUCAAGGCGGGCGUAUCGUGAAUCAUGCAUCUUCUCUGAUGGAAGUUAUACUAAGGAUUUAACAGUAUUAGGUGUUGAUCUGGCAAAAGUUGUAAUUAUAGAUAAUUCCCCACAGGUUUUCAGAUUGCAAGUGAAUAAUGGGAUUCCUAUUAAGAGUUGGUUUGAUGACCCUUCAGACUCUGCACUAAUUUCUUUACUUCCAUUCCUAGAGGCACUGGCUGAUGCUGAUGAUGUCCGACCUAUCAUUGCUAAGAAAUUUGGUAACAAGGAAUAAGAGGCCCUUGUUUCUUCCUAGUAGUUCCUCUAACAAUCCCUCCUCUCUCUUCUCAUUUAAAAAAGAUUAUCCUUCAUUUACAUGCUCAUUGUUCUAUCCUCAUUGAGCCUUGAUAUAAUUGGGUGUGCAAUAAGAAUACUAGUCCUCUUCUAGUUGAGUCAGCUUUUUGUGCUCAUUCCUUUCUUGUUUCUACCCUUUUGACAACCUUCUUCAGUCCAUUGCUUAUCUAAUUUCUCACAUAUAGUUGCAAGAGGUUCUCAUUGUGUGCAUGUACAGUUAUAUGCCUAGUUAUUUACAAGCUUGUGUAUAUGAAUUGAUCUUUUGUGAAAUAAAUUUUGUGAUUGUGUUCUGUUGUCCUAGUAUAAAAGCUGUCUGUUUGAUUAAAUUACCUGUUUAUUAUAUAGCUUUGGCAGGGUCUCGUGUACUUGUCAAUUUUGCGAAAAAUAAGCUUCCCAUCAAAUUCUAAUUGGCAAAAACAUCAGCGUUGUAGGUAGAAAUAGGUUUAGAAGUUAAUUGGAUUAUGAUUAGAUGAUGCUUUAAAGACUACUAGCUUUUAGAAGUCGAAAAUAGAAUAGCAUGGACAUCCAAGCACUUGCUGGUUUCUUCAUGUAGGCUUGAACUGGUUGUUCCACUCUCCUUUUAUUUCAGAACAUUACUAGUUAUAUGCGGUAUACUUAGUCGAAAAUCCAUUAAACUCCUCUCAACGCCUAAGUAGAACUAGGUCCGGAGGUUACUACCUAAUCAUUCUGUCUAUGGAUGAAAGAUUCCACUUGUAAGAUUGACUGCCUAUUAUGCAUCAGGAAAAGAGAACAGUUGUCUCAAGUUUUAGUCAUUAAGUAAGAAAUUGAUCAGUUAAAUGUUAAAAGUUCUGGUUAACAUUUCACCAGAGAAUUGAUUGCUUUGGAGUUGAAAAUAAUAAUGAUAUAGUUCCACUAGUCAUUUACUGCAGCGAGACCAAUUUUAGUACUUCAUGCUACUAAAGGCUAAUUAGAGCUGUAUCGCUAGAAUUCUUCUAAUAUUGGUAAAUCGCCCUUCUUGUCGCUGAUACCUGCUGAACAGCUUCAGAGUGACGGCUAACUGUAAAAUGUACCAAAGUAGAGACCGGAUAUAUGUGCUAGGGUCAUGUAGUUUCUAUUUCCUAACAGGUUAAAUAUUUUAACCUCUACUCUAACUCUUCCUCUGUAACGUCUUCUUGCAUGGUAUAUUAACUGCCGGUAUUUGACUGGAAAAUCCCCCUGCUUCUAUAGGGAUCCUAAACAAGCAAAAAGGAAAACAGAAAAGCAAGUUCAAGUGGACACCUUGUCAAAAAAGAAAACUGUAGAGGAUACAAGUAAACAUAACUCCAAGCAACAUAAUCUUCUUUUUUGUACAAAAUAGAUAGGAAAUUGAAAUCUGAAAACAUUUUGAUCAAGUUAGCUUUAAUAUCAAUUUUGUGAACACACUCCCAUUUUCCUUGCUUGGUAAAUAGUUUCUUGUGAAUUGAACAUGACACUGAUGCUUAACAUUUUGGUCUUGAUUUCAUGAGAGUGAAUCUAGAUGAGUUAUGCUUCUGCAUUUAUGUUGCUUAAGAUCUCAUAAGAUUUCAAGGGUAAUGCUUUUCAAGGAUCUCUGUGCUAUAAGUAAGUUCAUACAGCUGUUUUCAUACUUGAUAUGAUGAAUACCUGGAAUAUGCUAUGGAGAUUUUUCUUUGGGUGGAUUUUUUUUGGCGAGAUGCUGUCAGGCCCUUACACUUUAAUUUGUGCAGAUAGUUAGGUUGGCGUUACUGCAAUAGCUUAAAAGUUAUACAAUUACCUUACCUUGUAAAAAAAUUGUGUCAAUCUGCUAAUAUAGGUGACGAGUCAUUGCUACAUGACAUAGACUAUCAUUCUUUUGGAUUAUCCCAAGAAUGAAUGCUCAUCAAGAUGGUUGAGAUAAAGCACUAGAUCACUAAUGUUCAUCUUUGGCUUAAAUUUAAUUUCUCUGAAGUUAGGUCAUUUAACUUUAAUGAGGGUGUUGCUUUCUGCCUGCUCGGUUGCUCAAUCUGUAUAUAGUUGUUUUGGGUGGAUGAGAUAUCAUGCAAAAGGAUCAGCCGGUUUGACUAGGAGGUACUCGUAGUUUAUGUUUGACCAGAUAGCUUGAUUAAUCUGUAUUCUAUAGGCCUUCCCUGGUAUAUGAGUCAUAUGACAAGCUUGUGGCAUCAUGUAAUGGCUGAACUGUUUAGGAGUGAAAUAUGACUUAGCCCUGUGAAAACAUGUAGGCUGAUGUAGUGCAUAAUGUGCAUCAUUGUUGUUCAGAGUGUAGUAUUGUGAAUUUGCUGGUUAGGUAUAUAACUGCAAGUAUGUUCCUUUGUAUUUCCUGUCUCCCAUCCUUUCAACAUUCCAACACAUUUGAUUUAUAACACUAAAUCAAAAUGAUCUCAUAACCAUAUAGGGAAACCUCUUUCAAUAUCAGUCUUAUCUCCCAGUAUAGUAGUCAAUCGGGCAUAGGAUGUUCUUUAUUUGCAACACAUAGGCUAUUACAAAUGCAUCAUAAAAAGCUUUUUGAAUUAAUUUCAGAAUGGAACCAUGGUAGAAGAAAUCAUUACCAUUCUCCAAAAUAAAAACAUGGUAGAAAAAAGAAAUUAGCGGUUGGAAACUGAAACAGGAUUAAGCCUUUUAAGCAUGGUUGUGACAGGAUGCAGGAUCUAUUGAAUAAUGUUGGUAGAUUAGCUAUGGCCUAAAUCUUUGACAAUCUCUCCUAGUCGGUGAUGCAUCGAACUUUGCACAUGAGUGGAAUGUCUUGUAUUAUUACUGGUUUAGUGACAUUAAGGAAUUUUCUUUAUAUUUGAGACAACUUCUCCUGACUCAUUCUUGAAGAACCUAAUUUCCGGUCGAGGAUGAUAUCAAUUAUGCCUCUUAGAAUAGUCGUCGUUGAUUAUAUAAGUUAUCCACCAUUCCACUCUGUUUAGGCCUACUUCAAGAGCCGAAUGCAGUAUUCAGGGAGUUCCUUGUAGGCCAUCAAUCUAGUCAGUACUUAUCCUUUAUUCAGGUUGGGGCUGGCUAUGUUUUGCAAAAGCCACAUAGACGGGUUGAAGAUGAUAGUAUAGGGUUUUCCCCGGCCCCUGGGUUUAGUCCACGUGUUAUUUCCUUGGAAAAAGAUGCUUAAUAUUGACAUGAGGGUCUAUAUGCGUGGUUGAAUUGUAUAGACAAGUCUUUCUGCAAGAAUGGGUGCUUUCUAGGGGGUGACAAGGAAGUUUUGGCAGAGCUGCAAAGGCUCUAAAUUGGUAUCUCUCGUGAUGCAGAGGUUGGAAUUAGACUUUCAAUUGGAUGUCUCUCGGUCGAACCCUCUGUGCAGAUACUGAGAAGUUUGCAUGAUUUGGGUAUCUCAUGGUCCAGCUUACCGUGAUAUUGCUUGUCAUUGAUAUCUGUGCUUGUAAAACUUCCAUUACCCUUGCCAAUUUGAAUCUGUUAUCUGCAGGUCAAAUGGAGAUAACUAAUGUUUUGGCCACCAAGUGGACUAAUUUUAGGUAUGCAGUAUCGAUUUGUUUAAUGUUUUCUCAGGGUUAUUAUGAGAAUAAACUAACAUUUUUUUUUGUUGAGAAAUACUAACUACUGCAGACAAUAUCAGGUUUUCUUUUCCAAAAUAAUCAGUUUUUUUCUCUUAUUUUCUUUUUUCCUUCUUCGAAGUGUCAGGAUGAACUCAAAACCGUGUAAGAUAUUUUCCUAGGGCAGAGUGUAUAAUUAGAAUUGUUUUGUCUUAUACCUUCUUGUAUUGUAUGUCCCUGCAGUAUAUAGCUCACUGGUCAUUGUCCCUUUUUAUUUUAUGUCUUUGGUGCUCUUUUAGCUUCGUGGCAUAAAGAGUAUUUGCUCAUCUGAGGAAACUGUUGAAUAAUGCUUUUUGUUCCAUUGUUCUUAAUUUUUCUUAACGAGAGAAGUGUAUGAACAUAAUUGUAGUUUUCAUCCCUUAUUUGUUAGGAUGAUUAUUGAGUGAGUUAGCACGUCUGUGUAUGGGUUGAAUUAGGCUGCCUGCUUGUAAACUGUGAACAUGAUUUGGAUAUCAUAGUCAUGUUGUAUUUA